UUCGUGAAUGAGAAGCGGGCGGGGCGGCGUAGCACGCAGCAAAGAGGCAAGGUGUCGCGACCUAUCUGAUCCUUCCAUUGCCACACACUCAGCUCGGAGACUGAACUGCAAUGGAGCUCACCAGCGCAAUUAAGACGAUGUCUGUGUCGCAGCAGCCAGAAGGGCGAGGUGUGCCUUGUUUGAGAUGUAAAGGAAUCUGCGCUGGAUUUGAGCCACAUUCCUGGAGGAAAGUAUGCAAGUUAUGCAGAUGCAGCCAGGAGGAUCACAGCUUAUGUUCAGAUGCAGAGGAUGACAAGAGAAUUGGUCGCCUGUUGGCCGAGUCCAAAUAUUCCAACCUGACAGCUCGCGUCAAGGGUGGCGAUGGAACCCGUAUCUACAAAAGGAACCGCAUGAUCAUCACCAACCCGAUUGUGUCCAGAAAAGACCCAACAUUUGACACCAUAACUUAUGAGUGGGCUCCACCAGGACUAACUCAGAAACUGGCAAUUCUUUACAUGGAACUUAUUCCUAAAGAAAUGCAGCCAGUCGCAGGCACGCAGGGAGCGCAGUACCGACGAAGGCUAUUGAUGAAGCAGCUGCCCAUCUACGAUCAUGAUGCCAGCCAGUGUCACAACCUGUCAGAGCGGGAGGCGAAAGAAAUGGAAGACUUUGUGAAGAUGUAUAAAGAGAACGCACUCGGCGUUGGGGAGGUCGCCCUACCAGGAGAGGGUGGUGCUCAUAAAGACGAUGACAAGAAAAAUGGGAAGCAGCCGCCAGUAGAGGGCCACCUUGCACCCAACGGUACACUGGGAGAAUCUCACACGAUGGCUGAAUAUCACUGUGAGCACUGCAAGCAAACGGUGAAGAAAGAACACCCAGCUGUGUAUGCAGAGAGGGGAGGAUAUGAGCGCCUCUGGCACCCAGCUUGCUUUGUGUGCUCCAAGUGUCGGGAGCCCCUGGUGGACUUGAUCUACUUUUGGAAGAACCAGACUUUGAUGUGUGGCCGUCAUUACUGCGAGACAGAGAAGCCACGCUGCACCGGCUGCGAUGAGCUCAUUUUCACGGAGGAUUACCAGCUGGCAGACGGACUGGCUUGGCACAAGCAACACUUUGCCUGCAUGAAGUGUGAGCAGCCCUUGGUCAACAAAGCCUACAGUCUGGAGCAGGCGGUGCUGCUGUGUGCUGCCUGUAGCAAAAACAGUCAGCAUGUCUGAGUUGUCCCAGAUCAGGAGCCGGUGACUGACACAGGGACACAGAGCUGGGAUCAGAUUGAAACUGGCAUUACUAACAGUAAGCAAAUUAAAGAGCAGUGCCUCUGGCCAAAGCUGUGUAACUCGGACUCCAGUUUAACACAUUUACAUCUAUUCUGUAGUGUCUUUGUGUAGGAGCCAUGACAGGGCUGAUUUAUACAAAUAGUGCAAACGGAAAAAUCUGUUUAGCUGACUGAGCAAAGUCAAUAGUGAGAUUAGGAGCCCACAGUAGGGCUCAUUAACCCUCCGAUUGCCAUCAUUCUUAUUUAAUUUUGGGAUUUAAUAAACUGUCUCAGACUAUGCUAAAUGUUCAUUCCGAUGACACAU